AUGGCUACCCCUAGCGUUCUCGUCUUUGAUGCUGAGGGUAGGGCUGUUGACUUUGAGGUCUGGGUCGAUGAUCUACAGCUUUUCCUACGGUGCGAUAGAAAAGACGGUCUCUCACUGUUCGAUCUCACGUCUGGCGCCUCUGCUGCCCCUGCUGCCGAUGCUGACAGCACUGUUCGCUCACAGUGGGCCACACGUGAUGCUGCUGCCCGUCUUGCUGUGCGUAGUACCUUUCCGUCCACUGAGCGCGCGCACUUUAGUCAGUACAAGAGUGCUAAGACCUUGUACGACGCUGUAGUUGCACGCUACUCUUCCCUUGCCACUGCUGCUCUUAGCCGCCUCAUGCUGCCGUACCUGUUCCCUGACCUCGCCGCCUUUCCCACAGUCGCUGACCUCAUUACGCACCUCCACACUAGUGACACCCGCUACCGCGCUGCACUUCCUGCUGAGUUCUGCGCCAAGAACCCCCCUCCCAUGUACAUCACCCUCUACUACAUAGUCACCCGGCUCCCUGACUCCCUCCGCUCGGGGCUGGCGGGGGCAAUGGAGGUGCCGGUGGAGGCGGCGGAGGGAGUGGGGGUGGCAGUGGGAGUGGUGGCGGGGUUGGGGGCUUCGGUGGCGGCGGUGGAGGCGGAGGCGGCGGCGGCGGUGGCGGUGGGAGCGGAGGAGGAGGCGGUGGCGGCGGUGGCUGAGGUGGCGGCGGCGAAGGUGGAGCUGGUCGAGGUGGCCCUGCGCAGCGGAGCGGCUUCGGUGGUGGUCAGCGCUAGCAGCAGCAGCGCACUCGUGAGACCCCGCCCCCCGAGCAGCUUCGUGAGUGGUACGCUGCGCGUCAGCGAGGUGGGGGUGCUGGUCCUUGUGCCCACGUCCUGCAUACCGGCGACCGCACUCGUGAGCCGCAUUGAGGCUGCUGCUCUAGGUGCUGGUGAGGCUGCUGCUCUAGGUGCUAGUGCGUCUGCUGCCCCAAGUACUGGUGCGUCUGCUCUCUUAGGUGCCCCGUCGGCUCAGGCCUUACACACCUUCACCCUUGACUCGAGUGCUUCCCGCUCCUUCUUUCGAGACCGCACCACGCUUAUGCCACUUAGUAGGUCAGUCGCGGUCUCCCUGGCGGACGCCUCUGGGGGUCCUGUCCUUGCCCACUUCUCCACUGUCUUACCGUGUCCGGGGGCCCCCUCUGGCGCCCUAUCAGGUCUCUACCUCCCCUCGUUCUCUACGAACUUGGUGAGUGGUGCUGAUCCACAGGAUGGGGGGGUUGACCAGUUCACUCCUGCGAGUCAGCGGGUGACCCACUGUACGUGUGCUCGGACGGGCCAACACUUGGCCACGUUUACCCGCGAGCCGGGGUCGAGCCUGUACACACUGACUACUGAGUCUCCUCCGGUUGCUGAGUCUGGUCAGGUAGCUGCGUCGGAUCAGGUGUUUGCUGCAGCAUCCAGGUCUGGUCCUGAGUCUGCUCCCUGCUCGUGUCGUCUCCUGUCCCACCGGACUCUCCUCUGGCACCACCGCCUUGGUCACCCCUCCCUGCCUCUUCUCCGAGGCAUGGCUUCCCGUUACCUUGUCUCUGGUCUACCCCGGUCCCUCCCUCCCCUCCCUCCGGGGCCUGCCCCUACCUGCGUUCCCUACGUCGAGGGACGGCAGCGCGCCGCCCCUCACGGACAUCCUUGA